AUGGACAUCGCGCCGGUGAUAGAGUCAUUAGACGCCUUUCUAUUUUUUGCCAGCAGAACAUUUUGUACUCCGUUCGCCAUUUUUGUUCAGAUCCAGGGAUGUGUAAUAUGCUUAUUUCUGGCUGCUGGAUGGGCUGGUGCAGCAUAUGUCAGAAGAAGAGAAAUUUGGCAGAUGAAGAAAUCUAUGCGAGCUGGCAAUAGCUUUGCAUUUCUUUGUUAUGAUAUUCAUGACCUUGAACAUUCUAAACAGGAAAACUUGCCAGGAGUUACAGUGGUAAUGCCUUUGAAAGGAUCUGGAGAUUACAAUCUGCACAACUGGAGAAGCCAGAUAACAUCUCUUUAUGGUGGCCCAUUGGAGUUCCUAUUCACUGUCGAGAGUACUGCAGACCCUGCUUAUCAUGCUAUAUCACGCGUACUUAUAGAUUUUGAGGGUGAGCUUGAUGCAAGCAUAAUUAUAGCUGGUCCAUCUACAACAUGUAGUCAGAAAAUUCAUAAUCAGUUGGUUGGAGUGGAGAAAAUGAGCAAAGACAGUAAAUACGUAUUAUUUCUAGAUGAUGAUGUUAGGCUUCAUCCUGGAUCAAUUGGAGCCCUGACUGCUGAGAUGGAAAAGAAUCCUGAGAUAUUUAUCCAAACAGGCUACACCCUCGAUUUACCAUCUGGGAGUUUAGGCAGUUACUGUAUAUAUGAAUAUCACAUGCCAUGUUCAAUUGGAUUUGCAACUGGUGGAAAAACAUACUUCUUGUGGGGAGGUUGCAUGAUGAUGCAUGCAGAUGAUUUAAGAACCAACAGACAUGGUGUUAUAUCACGGCUUCAACAUGGUGGAUACUCUGAUGAUAUGACUCUUGCGGCUAUAGCCAAUGCUCAUAAGAGGCUCAUAACAUCACCUCCUUUUGCUGUUUUCCCUCGUCCUCUUCCUGUCCAUCUUAACUUUGCAAGGUACUGGAGUUAUUUGCAAAAACAAACAUUCGUCUUGCUGUCGUAUACAACAUUCGAAAACUGGAUGAUGAACCGUGCACUAUUAUGUACCCACUGCUACCUAUCUUGGGGAUUCGUAGCGCCAUAUAUUAUGGCCGUGGUUCAUGUUGUAGCAGCAUCUAGAGUGUGGUUAAACGAGUAUUUUCUUGAAGAACAUAUUUUCGACCCUAAUGGGUUGAAAAUGACCGGCUGUCUAGCCAUAUGCACCGCCAUUGAACUUCUUUCAAUGUGGAACUUGACAAGAAUAGAAGUUCAGCUAUGCAACAUGUUAUCUCCUGAGGCACCUCAAUUGUCCCUUAAAACUUAUAAUUGGUGGUUGGUGUUUGCUGCAAUGUUGGUGGAUAACUUUUUAUACCCCAUUUCUGCAUUUCGUUCGUAUGCUUCUCGGACUAUCAAUUGGUCUGGUAUUCGAUACCAUUUGAGGAAAGGGAAGAUAGCAAAGAUCGAAAGAAAGAAAAAGGGUGGUCGACAAUAUUCAGAUUUGGCAGCCAAACGUGUGUUUUCGAAGAAAGGAGGUCAAGAAAAGGGCUCCGUUCUCGGUUCUUUGUCAAGAAGUCUUCGUUGGCGAUUACCAAAAAAGCGAAAUAUGUAG